GGCAGGCAAGGCAGGCGGAGGCAGUCGGGCAGCCAUUGCUGCGACAUGGAAGCCACUUCGAGACGUGUAAAGGUCUCCUGCACGCACAAGCUCGAGAUGCGUGCCAUCCGCCCACGAGUGUCAUGCCCAUGCCGUCCACUUUGGGUGCAUCAGCAGACGGCUCGCAGUGUGUGUAGGGAAGUCUGCGGCACGAUUCUGCAUUAACCACCAGCAGCUGCGGAGUGACGGCCAAUGAAAACCAAAGCUGCUGGAGAAGACAAAAAGCAGACAACGUUCGGUUCGUGAGGGGUGUCGAUGUGUGGUCAUUCAGGAGGGGGGAGCCUGCAGCCGAAACCACGGAACAGCCAGUCGCACAGCAUGGAGGCCAGUUUUUUCCUUCCAAAGCGGAGAGAUGCAGGCACCAGUCGCGAUCGUUGGUCAACAAAGGACGAAAGUCUACUGUGCCAAGGGGCUACCGGUUCUCUCCAAUGAGACGCCUUGGCGGGGUGACUUGGUGGGGAAUGUUGGCGUAGCACCAUCCAAUCAUUAGAAUGGGGCAACGGGAGCAUUGACGAUAAGCGAUAGCGCGGCCGAUGGCGCUGGACCCGCGGCGGCAGGCGGCGCCGGUGACGAAGAAAAAAAAAAAGCACAUUCCUCCCGGCCCGGACCUCUCCCAACCCGCCGUGCGCCGGAAGCAGCAACAGGCCCGCCCUCCGGCCGGGAGUAUUACGGAACCACCGAGCUAGAUGUCGCUCCUCUCGCGCAUCGCGAGAAGGACCACGAGCACCAUGGCCGCCGCCAGCCCGCCCACCAAAACCGUACCCAUCCCGCCCCGGGGCGUCGACUAUCGCGGCAAAGUGGUACUCGCGCCCAUGGUGCGCUCUGGCGAGCUGCCCACGCGGCUGCUUGCGCUCCACUACGGCGCAGAUCUAGUCUGGGGGCCCGAGACGGUCGACUACUCGAUGCUCGGAACCACGCGCCGCGUCAACCCCGCCACCAACACGAUCGAGUGGACGCGCGUGCCCUCCUUCGGCCAGAAGAUACCGCCGGCCGAGGCCAAGGAAUCCAUCAUAUUCAAGCUCCACCCCGAGCUCGAGGGCAGGCGCCUGAUAUUCCAGCUGGGGUCGGGCGACCCGGCGCGCGCCGUCGAGGCCGCACGGCUCGUGGCCGGCGACGUGGCCGGCAUCGACCUCAACGCCGGCUGCCCCAAGCCCUUCAGCACGACGGGCGGCAUGGGCGCCGCGCUGCUGCGCGACCCGGACCGGCUGUGCGCCAUCCUCAAGGCGCUCGUGCGCGACGUCGCGCCGGCGGCCCAGAUCGGCAUCAGCGUCAAGAUCCGCCUACUCGAGACGCCCGCCGAGACCGAGGCGCUCGUGCGCCGCCUCGUCGCCACGGGCAUCACGGGCCUGACGGUGCACUGCCGCACCACGCCCAUGCGGCCGCGCGAGCCCGCCAUCCGCGGCCAGCUGCGCAUGGUCGCCGACGUCUGCCGCGCCGCCGGCGUCGCCUGCCUCAUGAACGGCGACGUCGAGGACCGCGACCAAGGGCUGAGCCUGGCCGCCGAGCACGGCGCCGACGGCGCCAUGAUCGCGACCACGGCCGAGCGCAACCCCAGCUGCUUCCGCGCCGCAGCCGACGGCGGGCCGGCCCCCUGGGACGAGGUCGUCGCCCGCUUCGUCGCCGUCUGCCUGGACACUCACAACCGCUUCGGCAACACAAAGUUCCUGCUCAACAACAUGGUGCCCGGCAAGCGGCCCGAGUUCCGCGUCAUGCAGGGCGCCAAGACGUACGAGGCCCUCUGCGAGGCCCUGGGGCUGGCGGACCUGGCCCAGCGCGCGCGCGACGUCGACGCGUGCCUGGACCUCGAGCCGCCAAAGCCCAAGAACGAGCCGCCCGUGGGCAAGGGCAAGGACAAGAGGAAGAGGACGGGCAACCCGGCCGCGCUGGCCUCGGGCGGCAGCAUGGCCCAGGCCAGGGACGCGGCCGCGAAGCCGCGCAAGCCCCUGUCCGAACGGGGCGUCGACGCCGCUCGGCCGCAGGCGGAGCCACGGGCGUCGUCGCCUAACCCGGAACCGACGGCUCUUUCGACCUAGUUCGUUCUCGGGACCUCUUUCCCUUUUCCGUCUUUCCUACUUCCGUGAACAUACCCCCAUGUAGGUACCUACCUCCCUGGAGUCGGUACCUCUCUGCAUUCGCGCCGGCGUUUUUCGAGACUGGGUGGGCAUGCGGUGCACAAAACCGACUGGGACUAUAGAAAUAAAUAAGAAGUUUGGUGAUCCUCACGGCAAGCAUGUACAGGCAGAAACCGGGAUUGUUCACGUCCAGCGCCUUGUCUUCUCUUUUGAUGAUAUUGAAUUUAGGCAAGAGAAAAAAAAGUCUUGGAAAUGGGUAUCCCUUUGAAGGAAGAAAGUGC